GUAUGGGCAUCACUGGGACCUGCAGUCAGGAUGGCUUCACCGGCCCUUAAAGAUGUAGCACUCUGUGGAAGCUGCUCCCAUCAUACUUUGCUUCACCAAGGGGAAAAGAUUCAUUUUUUUCAAAAUCAGAAAAUACUCAAGUGAAAUUACAUAUAUUGAGAUGAGCAUGAUAAAACCUUCCAAUUGAAAAAGAAGCUAAAAAUAUCCUCCUAAUUAUAAAAUCGGUUUAGAAAGUCAUUGAGUUCUGAAGGCAUAUAACUUUAAGCGAAAAGAUGCGUGUUCUCUUUCCUGUCAUGUUUGGUGCUUAACAGGCUCUUACUAAAAUCUCCAUUUAACCAACAUCUGCUCAGGAUCGUUCACAAGAUACGGAUAAAUAUUUCAAAUAUUUAUACCUGGUUAGUACGUGGUAGGUGCCGCAUACGAUUUGCUAAGGAACGAAUGGUAUGUUUUGAAAAAUAUUCAGUUAUUUUAUAUAUUUAACCUAAAGGUUGUGUAUUUCUUCCUUUGGGUUAUAAAAGUUAAAUAUUGGAAACAAGGUGGAUUCUUAUUUAUGUAGCAAGCUCAGCCUUGAAGGGUCCUCACUUGUAUUUACAAAAGGUUACUUUAUUCUGAAGGAGAAAAGGGAGAACCAGAGGAAAUUUAGAAAUAAUCUGAUCCGAUACUUUUGUUUUACAGAAAACGAAGUCGAACCAGGGGGUUAAAAUGACAGGCCCAAGAUCACACAGCUGGCUAACGGCAGACUUUUGAAGUAUUUGCUGGCUUUGGGACUAGAAGGAUCUAAACUCCAGUUCAAGCCCGGCCACGCACUAGCUGUGUGAUUUAGGAACCUUCUGUCAUCCGUGCAGUGCUGGAAGCAUUCUAAGUGACUCUGUGUGCCUCCUGGAGCUUCCAGAAGAAAAGUGGCCCAGAUGACACCUUGAUGUUAGCCCAGUGAGACCCAUUUUGGACUCCUGUCUUCAAGAACUGAAAGCGCCCCAUUUUUAGACUCAUCAAAGACCUGGAAAACUGACGGGCAGAGCUUCUAGCCGUGGGAGACACCGGUGCUGGUGUGUGAACCUCCAGCCGAAAGUGAAGGCGACUGAGGCAAGGCCAGCUAGUGCUGGAGUACGAGUGCAGGCCCCAUGGAGUCGUGCCCCAUCCUGCAGAAGGAGAGAGUGUUCCAGUCAGGAGCCCAUGCCUACAGGAUCCCCGCUCUGCUGUAUCUGCCUGAGCAGAAGACAGUGUUGGCCUUCGCGGAACAGCGGAUAAGCAAGAAGGAUGAGCACGCAGAGCUGAUCGUCCUGCGCAGAGGAAGCUAUGACGCAUCCACCCAUCAGGUCCAGUGGCACGCGCAGGAGGUGGUGGCCCAGGCCCAGCUGGAGGGCCACCGGUCCAUGAACCCAAGCCCCUUGUACGACGAGAAGACAGGAACCCUCUUCCUCUUCUUCAUCGCCAUCCCGGGGCAGGUGUCCGAGCACCACCAGCUCCACACCAGGGUCAACGUGACUCGGCUGUGCCAGGUCACCAGCCCCGACCACGGGAGGUCCUGGAGCCCCGCCCGAGACCUCACUGGCCCCGCCAUCGGCACAGCCCACAAGGAGUGGGCCACUUUUGCGGUGGGUCCGGGGCACUGCCUGCAGCUGCGCAACAAGACGCGGAGUCUGGUGGUGCCCGCCUACGCUUACCGGAACCUUCACCCCCACCGGCGGCCUUCGCCGUUUGCCUUCUGCUUCGUCAGCCAUGACCACGGGCACACGUGGCAGAGAGGGAACUUCGUGGCCCAGGACACCGUGGAGUGUCAGGUGGCCGAAGUCGGGGGUGCAGAGCAGAGGGUCGUGUAUCUGAACGCGAGGAGCCCCCUCAGAGCCAGGGUCCAGGCCGAGAGCACCAACGAGGGCCUCGACUUCAAGGAGGCCCAGCUAGUGGAGGAGCUCGUGGAGCCUCCGCACGGCUGCCAAGGGAGCAUCGUCAGCUUUCCCGGCCCCAGGGCGGAGACGGACGCCUCGGACAGAUGGCUGCUCUACACUCACCCCACCGACCCACGGCAGAGAGCCCACCUGGGCGCGUACCUCAGCAAGCCGCGCCCGGGCCCCGCGGCCUGGUCGGAGCCCGCCCUGCUGGCCACGGGCAGCUGCGCCUACUCAGACCUCCAGAGCAUGGGCACCGGCCCUGACGGGUCACCGCAGUUCGGGUGUCUGUACGAAUCGGACGAUUACGAGGCGGUCAUCUUCGUCACGUUCACCCUGAAACAAGCCUUCCCAGCUGAGUUUUUGUCUUUGGGAGCCAGCUGUGUGCCAUCCAGGAAGGACUCCCGCCGGCCUGGGGCCCCCCUUCCUCCUGAACACCCCGAGUGAGAGGCCCGUGGGUUUCCCUCUGGGCUCUGGGGGCCAGCUCUCGGCUCCCCUCACUGAAAGUGUGUGGAGACGUCUGCCACUUGGCUCUCUUCCUGCUUGGAUGUUUCCGUCCUUCUGAGGGAUUCGGUUUUCAAUCAGAAGUUGAAGGAACCUGGCUUCCCACGGCCCCUCGACAGGGAAGAUGGGGAGACGUCGCUCUGCAUGGCUCAGCCUGCCUGUUGCCCCCCCAGCCCCCGCUUCUGUGCGGGUCCUGAUAAAUGGUCCAGUCCAGCCCA